GGAAAUGAAUAUGUGUGCUUUAAUAUGUGCCAACCUGCCAGUUUCCGGUUACGAUUUUUAAAAAUUCACUUUGACCAGUUAGCGGGCGAUAAAACGAUAUCCUACCUGUAUUUGAUUGACGUCAUUUUCAUGAUCAAGCAGACCAUUUCCGUGUUUUUGCUUCGAGCUCAUUAUUAGCACUAGUACCUUCCCCAUGAACACCGGGAUGUUUUCAUCCAAUCAUCAUCCCACAAACCCCCACCGUGAGGGGUCGAGCCUUUUUGCUCUUUAUUGAAGUUACCAUGGAGACCAGAGGGGAUGACGAGGUGGCAGACAACCCCGAUGUAGACGAAGAUGAUCUGCUGAAGCACUCCACCGCGCUGACCAACAAGCAGCGAGGCAAUGAGGUUUCUGUUCGCCCUGCAACACUGGACUCUCUGUCUAUGCAUCAGCUGGCGGCGCAGGGCGAGGUUUCACAGGUGGCUGCACGUCUGAGUAAAGACAGCUCGCUGCUCAGCAGGCAGGACGAACGAGGCUUCACUCCUCUCAUGUGGGCAGCAGCGUUCGGAGAGAAGGCAGUGGUGGACUUUCUCUUGGAAAAGGGUGCCGACCCCAAAACCAUUGCCAGGGAGCGAGAGAGCGCCCUGACAUUGGCCAGCUCUGGGGGUUACGUGGACAUUGUUGAGUCACUUCUCAGACACGGAGUGGACAUUAACACCUACGACUGGAAUGGUGGAACUCCUCUUCUUUACGCAGUACGAGGGAACCAUGUCAAAUGUGUAGAAGCGCUACUAGCCAAAGGAGCAGACAUGACGAUUGAGUCGGACUCUGGCUACAGUCCGAUGGCCUUAGCGGUUGCUCUGGGACACAAAAAAAUUCAGAAGGUUUUGGAGGACCACAUCCUGAAACUCUACAGGCCACCAACAUGACACCAAGCUACAACCCAUCCAUUGAAAAAAACCCAACGGAUUUGAUCACAGACCUACAAGCCAUUCAGAUCUGAUGAGAUGGAGGGGGGGCCCCCAAAAAUACGUUUAACGUUAUCAGAAAGUCUGUAGACACGAUGAAAGGUGAACUCUGGAAGCUGAACGUGUUGAUGUAAAAGCAGUUUAUUCCAUUUGAAUACACUUGAUUACAUUAUGUCAAAUGUCUAGAGAAGAGGUAUGACAUGCUAUUGCUGUGCAGUAGAAAUAUUUUGUCUUAAAAAAACUGCAAUAAAGUUUUUAAAAAUGCU